AUGAACGCUCCAAGGUUUGAUCAAAAUAAAAAGAAAGAAUUUAUGCUUCGAACAGGAUUUUCUAUGGGAGUAACUGUUGUUGUUACAUUUACACUUGCUUUUUCAAUUCUUUUUAUUAUUGGACAAUCAACAUUAUCUGCAUUAGGGAAUUCAUUUGUUUUUUCAGUUCUUAUGAUGAUAAAUACAUUAGUUUUAUCAUUAAUUUGUAAUAAUAACAGUAAUUAUUUAGAUGAUUAUUCAAAGUUAUUUAAAUCAACACAAUCUAUUUUGAGAGUCAGUACAAUUUUUGUUAUGUCAAUUUUAAUUGGAUAUUAUUCAAUGAAUGCAUUAAAAAAUGGAUUAAUUAAUGAAGAAGAUACAUAUGAAGUUGAUGAAUUUUCUAUGUUAUUUUCAGUUGUUGGAAUCUUCUUUGGAAUAUCAAAUUCAUUUAUUUAUGUUUUCUUAGAUACUCUUUAUAUUCAAUAUUUUGUAAAACAAAUAAAUGAAGGGGAUAUUCAAUACAUUUCAUUUGUAGUAGGUAAACAAACAUUUAUCUCAUUUAUUUUAAAUUUCAUAAUUUUCAUAUUUAGUGUUGUUGUAGUAAAAGUAUAUGUAUUCUUCUUAGCUGGAUUUGGACUAGAUUUAGAAGUAUAUACUUUACCAUUUGAUACUGUUGAUUUAAUAAGAUAUAUGAUGAUAAUAUUAUUGUUCUCAUUUAGUAGUAGAUUCUCAUUCAAGUUCCUUUCAUAUAGGAUGAGUUUACAAUGA